AUGAUAAAUGGCGAAAAGUUUGAAUAUUUACCGGAACCUGCAUUCCAAAACAUCCCUCAUGUGUACGAAUGGCUGAACAAGAAUCACACUCGCUUAUACACUUACUGGACUGCAGAUGGGUUUAAGAAGACAGGUUGCUACAACAGAUUAUGUCCUGGUUUUGUACAAGUGAACACCAAGUUCCCACUUGGUUUCCGUCUUGAGCCAGUUUCUAUGAUCGGUUGGGAACAAUAUGAACAAAGUAUCAAGGUGUAUAAGCUAAAGAACGCAUCAAUGCCAUCGGAAGAAGAGAAGAAAGAACUUGAGAGACUGAACAUGUUUGCAACGGUCGACUAUACACAUAGCACCGUUUCCAGAGUAAAAGGAAACCUUAACCUCUGGGAUCCAAAAGUGUCACUAGAUCAAGUUAGUCUUGCAAGCAUGGCUAUUGCCGGAGGCCCUUUAGAACAACUAGCUAGCAUUUUAGUUGGGUGGAUGGUUCAUCCAUUGCUGUACCAAGGAGGUCACAUUCACUUGUACACCUACUGGACUACUAGUAAGUUUUGA